CAUUUCAACGGCUCUUCACAUUGUGAUAUUAGAGAGAGCCCUUUGGCAAUUUUCUUGCCAAUUUCCUUUCCACUUCCAAGACUUGGUUCCAGUCUUUGAACCGAACGCGUUCGAUCAUCAAAUCCUUCAGUUUCUCUCUCUAAAACCAUAAUAAAAUCUCUUAUCUCAUCUCAAAGAGAGUUCUUUCUCUUGCUAAAAACAAGAGAUUCUUUAGAUUGCCUUUGUCCUCAAUUUUUGCAACUUCUUUUUACCAUACUAUCAGGAAUUUUAUUCUUAUCAGUCUCUGCACUUUUUGAUUUGAGAGAAUGUUUGGUUUAAAGAAAUCUCCCUUACAUCUUGGUAAGCACAACAAGGUUGACCCACAGUAUCCUGAUCCUCCUCGUUCUAACCCUUUUGAUUCUGAUGAUGAAUUGGACCGUAAGCAAACUCUUAAAACUUCAAGGAAAACUUCCCCAGAACCCAAUCUGACUACACCAAAUUUUGGUGCCAACCCAUUUGAUGAUGAUGAGGAAAAAGGGACAUCUUCAUCAUCUUCAUAUGCCCUCACUUCAUCUGCAAGAAAUAACUACAAGAAUGAUUUCCGCGACUCAGGAGGCGUAGAAAACCAAUCAGUGCAAGAAUUGGAGAACUACGCCGUAUACAAGGCUGAGGAGACUACAAAGGCAGUCAAUGGCUGCCUGAAGAUUGCAGAGGAAAUCAGAGAGGACGCAACUAAGACUAUGAUCACCUUGCAUCAGCAGGGGGAGCAAAUGUACAGGACCCAUAAUGUGGCUGUUGAGAUGGAUCACGAUCUUAGUCGGGGAGAAAAGCUUCUUGGGAGUCUUGGAGGCAUUUUCUCCAGAACUUGGAAGCCAAAGAAGAAUCGUCCAAUUACCGGCCCUGUUAUCACAAGAGAUGACUCGCCCAAAAGGAGAGGUAAUCACUUGGAGCAGAGGGAGAAGUUGGGACUGAAUGCUGCACCUAAGGGCCGGACAAGCACAAGAACCCCUCCGCCUGAGCCCACUAAUGCAUACCAGAAAGUUGAGAUGGAGAAGACAAAACAAGAUGACGCACUCUCAGAUUUGAGCAAUCUAUUGGGAGAACUCAAGGAUAUGGCUGUCGACAUGGGGAGUGAAAUUGAAAGGCAAACCAAAGCUCUGGAUCAUGUCCAGGACGAUGUGGAUGAACUAAAUUCCCGUGUUAGAGGUGCUAAUCAGCGCGGCCGUCGUUUGCUUGGAAAAUAGGUUGCAGGUCGCCUUGUUUGAUUGAACACUGACCUGCUGAUAUUGGCUCACUUUUCUCAUUGUUAUUCUUCAUGUAUGGAUUUGGAUUUACAUUUUCUUAAUGGAUAAAUGGGAUUUCUUUUUUCUUUUC